AUGGGGGCUGGCACAGAAACUGGCAUGGAGACUGGAACAGAGACUGAUAUAGAGACUGGCAUGGAAACUGGCAUAGAGACUGGCACAGAAACUGGCAUGAAGACUGAUAUAGAGACUGGCAUGGAAACUGGCACGGAGACUGGCACAGAAACUGGCAUGGAAACUGGCACAAAUACUGGCACAGAAAUGGCAUGGGGGCAUGGCACAACAAAAACAGAAACUGGCAUGGAAGCCGGCACGGAAACUGGGCCCAUCUUGCGGAGGAGUCCGAAGUUGCCGGAGCCGCUGCCAAAGAAGAACCAGUCACCGCCGCCAAAGAAGAAGAAGCCACCGUCACCGAAGAAGAAGCCACCGCAGCCAAAGAAGAAGAAGCCACCGCAGCCGAAGAAGCAGCAACUGCCAAAGAAGAAGCAGCCACCACCAAAGAAGACUAAGCCACCGCCACUGAGGAAGAAGAAGAAGCCACCUCCACCAAAGAAGCAGCCGCCGCCAAAGAAGACUAAGCCACCGCCGCCGAAGAAGAAGCCACAUACACCGAAGAAGAAGAAGCCGCCGCCACCAAAGGAGCAGCCACCGCCGAAGAAGACUAAGCCACCGCUGCUGAAGAAGGAGCUGCCGCCACAGAGGAAGCAGCCACUGCCGAAGAAGACGCCGCUGCCAAAGAAGAACCAGUCACCGCCGCCAAAGAAGAAGCCACCGUCACCGAAGAAGAAGAAGCCACCGCAGCCAAAGAAGAAGAAGUCACAGAAGAAGCAGCCACCGCCAAAGAAGAAGCAGCCACCACCAAAGAAGACUAAGCCACCGCCGCUGAGGAAGAAGAAGCCACCUCCAUCGAAGAAGCAGCCGCCGCCAAAGAAGACUAAGCCACCACCGCCGAAGAAGAAGCCACAUACACCGAAGAAGAAUAAGCCGCCGCCACCAAAGAAGCAGCCACCGCCGAAGAAGACUAAGCCACCGCUGCUGAAGAAGAAGCCGCCGCCACAGAGGAAGCAACCACUGCCGAAGAAGACGCCGCUGCCAAAGAAGAACCAGUCACCGCCGCCAAAGAAGAAUCCACCGUCACCGAAGAAGAAGAAGCCACCGCAGCCGAAGAAGUCACAAAAGAAGCAGCCACCGCCAAAGAAGAAGCAGCCACCACCAAAGAAGACUAAGCCACCGCCGCUGAGGAAAAAGAAGAAGCCACCUCCACCGAAGAAGCAGCCGCUGCCAAAGAAGACUAAGCUACCGCCGCCGAAGAAGAAGCCACAUACACCAAAGAAGAAGAAGCCGUCGCCACCAAAGAAGCAGUCACCGCCGAAGAAGACUAAGCCACCGCCGCUGAAGAAGAAGCCGCCGCCACAGAGGAAGCAGCCACUGCCGAAGAAGACGCCGCUGCCAAAGAAGAAGCCAAAGCAGAAGCCAAAGAAGACCGUCUUCAGGGGCACUGUGCUACUUGAGAACAAGUUCUAG